AUGCCCGGGGUUCCAUCUAAUAAGGCUUGUGAGCGAUGCAAAAAGAGACACCUCAAGUGUGAUGAGACCCGCCCUCAUUGCCAUCGAUGCACCACUGCGGGCGUUGAAUGCCCGGGCUAUGUUCAAACACGCAAAUUCAUCGAUCAAGGAGCAACAGUAAGACGGCGCUAUGCUCCAUAUCAAGAGGCUCACUCGAAAAGCUCAGAGCCCAAUCCGAGCAGAGUGCAUAUUGAGCAAAAUUCAGAAUUCGUACAGUCGAAAGAUAAUGAGCUAGGUGUUAAUGAGCAGGUUCUGCAGUGGAAUCAACCACAAGAGCAAAAUAGCCCUCUUCAUUUGCAGAUGGAAGGGACGAGAUUGGAGUCAAGAAAUGACCUGAUGAGAAUGGAUGUAUCCGAUCCUGGUCGUUCAGGAACAGAUCCGGGGCCGCAACAAACUACAUAUGAUGCUCCCGAGGCGCGAUCAAUGUUUAUUCCCAUCUCCAUUCCUGAAAUUGCAGAACGCAGCAAGUCAAUCUCUCCAAAGGCCGCUUCACGGGGGUUCCGGACCUUUGAGCAAGCCGUCAACUCCACUCCACAAGACAGCCCUGAUAUCCAAAGGGUGCGUUCUUCGGAAAGUUCAUCACAUCGAAGCGAGAAGGAAGAAUUCCAAGAUAUCUUCUCGGAACUCAUGACAGGAACUGAGCAUGAGAUCGCGUUCCUCACUAGACAUUAUUCCGAGGUUAUCGGGCCUUGGUUGGAUUUAUCCGACGCAGCAAAAUUCUUCUCCGUGUAUGCUCCUGUCCGGGCCAUCAACAAUAUGUCAGUGAAAUAUGCCAUUGCAGCUCUGGCAGCGAAGCACCUAGCCCGAGUAAAGGGCGCCACCUCUCCAAACGGUGGAAUGUUCACAAGCCCGGCAACGACGGAAAUCUAUCCCAGUGCGACCCAGGUGGACUGGUUUCUCAAAGCCGCCAACUACUACUAUCUGGCAGCAUCGGAUUUGAAUAAUCUCACAUCUGAUGGUUACACAACUGUGUCUAGCUCGGCUGUCUUGGAGUCCCCCUUUGAAACCCUUGGUCGAUGGAUUAGGUCUCAGAAAAUCCAAACAAAUCUAAAGCCCGCCAGUGAAGAUCCAGACGAUGUGGCUCUCAUUCGAAAAACAGAAGAGCUUUUGGCCACAGCUACUCUACUCACCAUGUACAGACUUUUGGAUAUGCCUGGCGAUGAGUGGCACAUGCAAAUAUCUCGUAUCCGCCCUUUGUUUGAUUCUCUGCUCAAUGUAUAUUUGACAGCAUCGUCUCCCUUUUCCCAUGGAAUUCGAGCUGCUUUCUGGAACUUCGCUCGCCAGGACUAUCUCGGUUCCUACUUCACCCGAUCACCUACACACCUCGAUCCAGAGAAUUUAGGCCUUUGGCGCACAGCGGGUAUCGCAAUCAAUGACCAGAAAAAGUUCCAUCUCGUCCAAAACGGAUCAAAUCUAUCACGCGAAGACCAAGCAGCCAACGGCUUGACCUGGCUGAAUACAAAGGUUAUCAAUUUCCUCGCCAGGUCGAAGCAAAUACAGAUUGCGCAAUGGACAGGAUCCCCGCCAACAGCUUCAUCUGAAAUUUCAGGCGCAUCGCCAGGUGCCAGUCUGCCAUAUCCAGACACGGAGACCUGGCUCAAAUUAUCUUUUGAGUAUCAAACAUGGUUCGAAAACGUCCCAGAAACUUUCCGCGCGUCGGUCCGCAUCGAACGUCCCAAGGAUCUAUCGAAACCAGCGGAAGGAAGUCGCCUGCCAUUUCCUGAAAUCUUCCAUGGCUUGACAACUUGCGCUGCUGCCAUGCAGCAUUACCAUUUUGGGCGCAUCGCGCUGUUGCUGAAUCGACCAGCGGAUGAGUUCAGCGCACCCUCUACGGCCUUCGAUCGUCUACAAGGGUAUCGGGAGGUCACGAAAGAGGUCGAGUUCCGUUCGCGCGAAUUGUGUGGUAUCGCUUUGGGUCGCCCUCAAGGCGGAGUUCGUAUAUUUAUGGUCCCGCUACUUGUCGCUGUCGGACAAUGUUUAGAAAGUGCUGAAGAACAUCAGAUUAUCGUGGAUCUUUUACGUGGCGUCGAGGCUGAUUUGGGUUGGGCUACUGAAUAUGCCGUUCAGAAACUCCUAGAUUCUUGGAAUCAGGGAGUGUAA